AUGGAUCUUCUGCAUUUCCCUGAGGAGGGGAUUCUUGAUCCUUGGUUGGUGGUGAUAUGUGCACUUGUGCAAUUUCUGCCACAUUAUGUUGCGACUGGGGGUGACAUCUUGCUGGCGCUGAUGUUGCCAGAUGUUUGUAGUAGGUAUAAGAUUGUUGCAAACAAACUUGCCUUCAGAUUUGAGGAGAGACUCACAGCUUACAAUAUUUCAAGUCCUCCAAUAUCACCAGGUGGUGAUGCUGAUAAACAAUGCACACCAUCUGUGCAUCAAGAGCUGGAGCCCCCAAUCUCAGGGUGCAGCUUUGGCAUCAGCACAGGAGACUCUGAAGAAAUAAUGGCAUCAAGAACACCCACUCAGGAUAAAACUCACUCCUUGAUAAAUAUUCAUGCGUGCCAGAAAAAAUUAAAGCCAGAAAGCAAACAGGAACUACUACAAUUUGUCAAAGCUUCAGCAGCUGAGCGUGAAAUCAUGCAGUAUGCACUGCUGCUGAAGGUGGCCGAAGAUCCCAAAAGAGGGGGACAUGGGAGUGCUGAAGCUUGGGAAGCUCUGUUGCAUAAACAAAUUGACAAAUUUGCCAUGCAUAUUUUAUUAUUGGCAAACACAGCCAGCUAUAUUGGGGCUUGGCCUGUCAAAGUGCUUAUGCACUGCUCAGACAUCAAAGAAAUGAUUUUGCAAGCAGUAGACAAAAACAAGGAUGUCAUAGCAUGCUGCCAAAAACUCCCAACUUAUGGCCAGUUUAAAGCAAAUGUGAAUAUUACUGUUCAGAUGUGUGCCCAAGUAGCAUUUAUACGGAUGAUUUUAGAAUUACUGACAAAUGAAGAAAGCUUUUGGUUGCAAGUAGACCAGAACCUUCAAAAGGUUUGUGGUGAGCAUAAUUUUCCGGUGAAGGUAACCAAAUGGUUUGCGGGGGUACUUGAGGAUGACAGAAUGAAAUGUGGGAUUGGAAAUGCAGAAAGAAUCAUUCAAGCAUCCAAAGACCAAACCAACAUUGACACUGCUAUCAGUGCUGGGUCAUUUAACAAUAUAAACCUUGGGGUGGAUAUCAACAAAAGGGAAUGCCAUUGA